AUGCUUAGGAGUUUGUAUAAUACGCUUGGGCAUAAUUUUAACUGGAGGACUGUGCAAUGUCGUAGAUUUUCAGCUCCAUAUACGGGUAAAAACGUUACUACUAAGGACCUUGAAAAGGCAGAUCCAAAAUGGGCGAUCGAAGAGACAAAUUUCUGUCUUGGAAAAGUUACUGAACCUAUUUUCAAGGAUACAGACGACCUGGCCCGUAGAACUCUACAAAUUAUGGACAGCCAGCUCAGUAAGAUGCAUACGAGGCUUCGUGAUGGGACAUGCGUACCAUAUAUGACACUCAGUUUGCACCAAGUUGUGGAUAGACCAUGUCCUAAUCAUGUUUUUAUGGAACAACCGCUCCUUAAAUGGACCUGGGACGAAACCUAUGACGAGGCAUACGAAGAUAUGUAA